AUGGAGGCAGAUUUGUUUGAAAUGAAGCCAGGUAAAAGGGUUCCAAUGAAGGUCUGGUUAACUGCUCAAAGAUCAAUGGGUCUCCUUAUUGGAUCUGUCUUGCUAGUUAUUGAGUUUGAAAGUGUUAAGACCAUGGAUUUUUAUACCUUGAAAUUGAUGAUCUUUCACGGGUCUUUAGCGAGGCGUGUAUUUUUACGCGCUUUCAUGCUUGCUGCUGCUUUGUCAAUUGUUCCUUUGCUGCAAAUGAUAUCUGGGGCCGAUCCAGAAAUGUUGUAUACCCUUUCUACCUCAGCAGACUGUGCCCUUGACCCUGGUUCUUCAGGUUCAUUUAUGUUUCCAGGCACGUUUUUCUUCUCCAAAGUUUGGGGUUUUGGAUCGGUUCAUUGUGAGGAAUAUGGGAACUUGACAACCAGUGUGGUUAGAGAGUUAAUGGGAAAGCAAAUAUUGAGUUACAGUGCAAAAACUCUCUUUGUUGGUGAAGGCUCAGUGUCAGCCGUUGUGGCAUUGAGAGACUUGGGAUUCUCUGAUGUUACUGGGGUUUACAGGCACCCCUUUUUCUCUCUCAAGCAUAAGAAGUUUGUUUAUGAACUUGAUUAUGAGGACAAUUCUUAUGAUUUUGUGUUAUCCAGGGACCUAGAUAAGGUUUCUGUCCCUGCUCUUCUUGUGUUUGAGGUUGAGCGUGUUAUUAGGCCCGGUGGAAUUGGGGCUAUGCUUAUUGGUAUUAGUCACCCUACUAGCUUGAUUAGGUCUGCUACCCCAGUUUCUUCUCUACUGAAAGCUUCCAGUGUUGUGCAUGUUGAUUACGUGAAUGAGUUUACAUUGGUUGUAUUCGUGAAGAAACUUGAAACUACCACUUACUUUGAGCAGUAUAGUCUUCCUGCUGAUUGCCCAUCUAUGACAAACAACAAAGCCAUAUUGAAUCACAUUGAGCCUCUUAUGGAGGAGAAACCAAUGGGGUUUGAGAAAAGUAUUGCUUAUUUUCCCAAGUUUGUUAAUGUAUCUUCUAAGCAACAUCUGGUCUAUAUUGAUAUUGGGGCGGGUGAGCAUUUGAACUCCAAUGUUACAAGUUGGUUCUUUCCAUCUUAUCCUGUGGAUCACAAAGCCUUCAAUGUUUAUUUCGUUGAUCAUAAUACUUCAGUGAUGCUAUCCUAUGUCAAACGGCCUGGUAUCAACUUUAUUUAUCACCCAGGCCUCGCCAGAAAUAAAGCUACAGCCAGUUCAGCAAAUAGGGCUUCCAUAGAUUCUGAUAUUGUCGAUGAUUCAGAUCCAUUUUGCAACAUGCAGACUUUGUGGUUCUGA